AAUCCUAGUUGAUUUCUUAGAAAAAGUCAUUAAGAUACUUUAAUGAUUAUUGAAAAUGUAACUCUAUUUAUAGCUGUGUUCCUUAUUUUGUUUUGUAUUGAACGUACACUUUGUCAACAACCCAAACAAUGUUAUAUUUGCGUAUUUGUUGUCGCGUUAACCACUUAUCAAUGUAACUCAUGUAUGCCUUAGGCCUAUGCUAGUCUUAGCAUACAACAGUAAGUACAACCACAAUAUUAUUUACAUAUGCUGGCUUUUUAGAAUACUUGAGUCAAAUUGGGGGUUUUUCAAAGUACAUGAUAUUAAGCCACUGUACACACAUAUAGACCCGUCCAGCCUUUCAGACGAGUUUGUGGAUGUUUUGGGUGACUGUCUGACUCCAGAGAAUGCCAGGUAUGUUAUAAAGUUUUUAGAUAGUAACAAAUCAAAACUAUACGGCAGCACGGAUGAAAAGGAGUGCGAAAAGAAGCACCGGGCAAUAGUAUCUCUCUUUAGAAAGUGUACUACAAAAAAGCAGCCGGUCAUAAAUAAAUAAUGCUUAGUCAUACACACUGCAAGUAUGCAAAGUAUAUAAUAUGUGCAUCUAACAGCCAGUCCAUACUCCAUCACAGUGUCUGGGUUAUUAAGGCAUGUUUUAAUUAUGUGUGGUGUGUGCUUGUGUAGUAGUCUGUUUGUGGCGUGAUGUGUAGUUAUGUGUGGUGUAUUAACUGUGUGAUGUAUUAUAAUUGGAUAUAUUUAUAUAAGAGCAAA